UGCAAGACCAUCCCUACAGGCAACUGUCAACACAAGAAAGGUAAACAACAGACCGCAGUACGUCAGAGACCAUUUGUUAUCGUUUUUACACCAUCCAGAAGUAGAAACACGUAGAAUGCUGAAAAGCGGAAAGAAAAAUGUUCCCCUCGAUCGUGGUUGUGUCUAAUUUUCAGUAGUAGUGAACGAUCUCCCAGCAUACCUUCUCCGGCCUUUAGUGUAUUCUUCUUGCUCACCCACCUCACAGCCCCCCCUGACCAGCAGAGAGUGUUGUUGUAGGUGAUUGGUGACCAAAGCGAUAGGAAAGAAGUUUUGCUCCUGGUUGGGACAGGAACGGAAAUGAUAACAACAAAAUACUUGUUUCUGCUCAUAUUGAUUACUGUGGGUUUUGCGUUCAUCCUGCUGUACAACUGGUUCUCGACGAAGGUCAUCCUUGCCGAUAAGCAGCUAACGAUUCAUCUCGCUGAGGGUAACAAUGAGCAACUGAUACACAGCAACGUCAAUCAUUGGCAGACGGCCACGGCCAAGGUGGAUGACAUCACGACGUACCGGAACUACGAUGAAAAGUUUGUGAUAAUUUACAACCGGGUACCGAAGACGGGCAGCACCAGCUUCGUCAACCUUACGUACGAUCUGUGCAAGAAGAAUGCAUUCCACGUACUGCACAUUAACAUUACCGCCAACAUGCACGUACUGUCGCUUCCUAAUCAGCUCAAGUUUGUGCGGAACAUAACCGCAUGGGACAGCAUGAAACCUGCCUUCUACCAUGGACAUAUGGCUUUCCUAGACUUUUCAAAAUUCGGCAUGCCAUCGAAACCGCUGUACAUAAACCUUAUCCGGCAGCCGCUAGAUCGGCUAGUGUCGUACUACUACUUCCUGCGCUACGGGGACGACUAUCGCCCGUACCUCGUGCGCCACCGGGCCGGCGAUACGAUGACGUUCGACGAGUGUGUCGCCCGCCAGAAGCCCGACUGUGAUCCCACCAACAUGUGGCUGCAGAUUCCGUUCUUUUGCGGGCACCACGCCGAGUGCUGGAACCCGGGCAGCAGCUGGGCCCUGGAGCAGGCAAAGCGCAACCUAGCGAACGACUACUUCCUGGUCGGGUUGACCGAGGAGAUGGACGAGUUUAUCGAGCUGCUGGAGCUUUCGCUGCCCCGCCUCUACCGCGGUGCGGUGACACACUUUCAAAAGUCAAACAAAUCGCACCUGCGCAAAACCAAGUCCAAGGUUGAGCCGGCCGCCGAAACGGUCGCGAAGAUCAAGGAAUCGACCGUGUGGCAGAUGGAGAACGAGCUGUACGAGUUUGCCCGCGAUCAGUUUCACUUCGUGCAGAAGAAGCUGCGGACGCCGGGCAGGAAUGUGAUGCAGGACUUUAUGUACGAGAAAAUUAAACCAAAUCCAAACGGUGCCGCCAAGAACUGAUACAGGAAUCGGGAUCCCGCCCGCAAGGCGAAAGCUCUCAAACGGCGCCGGGAGCGGAUGGCUUGAGCAGAGCGCGGGACCCAUAGGAAGGAAGAGAUGGCCGGGGGAAAGGUUUGCUCGCGAUUCGGGUGUGUGAAGAAAGAAUGUGUGUGUUAAGUGAGUAUGUCUGUGUGUGUGUAUGUGUGUGCGAGUGUGUUCGUAUGUAUGUUUGAUGUCCUUCGUGUUUGUGGCAUUAGAUUUAGAAGCAAACAGGAAAAAAAGACACGGAGAAGAGACGGAAGCUCAUGUAAUAUCCGGUUCGUAAUAGGUUAAGGGCAGAAGAAGACGAAAAAGAAAGCAUUGUUGUUGAUUAAUUGUAAUUCUUUUUUUGUAGCAGGCAGCUUUUUCCCUCCCUUAUCCCUCGCUGCCGUAAUAAGGGCUAAUUCAUCUUUGUUUUCAUGUUCCUUCACGCAUCGCAAAUCUUGUCUUCGGACUGAGAUCAUCAUCCAACUCACGUGUGUGUGUAGUAAUUUUUUUUUUAAUAAUUGCAGAUAGUUAGUGUAGGAAUUGUUUUAAGUUAGAAAAGAAAAAAAACCUCCCCACAGCUUGCCGUACUCGGGGGUUCGUGUAGCUAAUUUUUUUCUCUACAAUUCAAGCUGAAUGGGGGAGGUAGGUAAAAAGACACAAAUUCUAAUCCAUUCCUAGAAAAGGCCGACAUAAUACAACCGUUUCAUUCUUUUGUGAACCGCUUGCUUACAUCGGAUCUUUCAAACUUUCACACGCGAGAGAAGUUAAAAGACGUUAGAAAGUGCGCAAUUUGAAUAGGUGUAGCGCUGCGCUGGUCAAUAAAAAAGCAUUAAGCAAACAAU